GCUACACAGUAUAAUACAUGCCCAAUAAUAUACAUGUAUGAAAUUAAUUGCAUCAGCACUACAGCACUACAGCACUACAGCACUACAGUACAGCACAACAGUAACACUAUUUAAUAAGCCCUCACCUACUCUGAGCUGAAUAUUUCAAUUUUUGUUUUUGACAAUUAAGCUACAAAACUAUCAAGUUAUCAUUUAUUUGGCAUCAAUUCAUUUGCUUUUUUGCACAAAUAUCUGAAAUAUUUUAAUUUAUCUAAUAAUUCAGUAUUUUUCCGCAAAGUAUUUAAUAAACGGGUUUUCUUAAGAUUUGAGAAGAGAUUGUUGAGAUUGUUGUCACACCAGUUGUCGAGUAUUAAGUGGUCAAAGAAGAUGUCGAAUAAUUUAACGGAAAGUCGUGUCAGAGCUAUCUUUCGGGGUUCAGAUGCCGUCUGUUUUGAUAUCGAUUCCACUGUUUGUAGAGAUGAAGCUAUCGAUGAAAUCGCGAAAUUUGCGGGAAAAGAGAAAGAAGUGACUGAAAUGACGAGGAGAGCUAUGAGGGGAACCUGUAGUUUCAGAGAUGCUUUGGCUCAACGAUUGGAUCUGAUUCAGCCAAACACACAAAUGCUUAAAGAAUACCUGAAAACACAUCCGCCACGACUGACACCAGGAAUUAGAGAAUUAGUUAAACUUCUGAUUGAAAGGGAUAUUGACGUGUACUUAGUAUCGGGUGGUUUCUAUUCGGUGAUAGAGCCCGUGGCCCGAGAACUCAAGAUUCCCGUUAAAAAUAUAUUUGCCAAUCGAAUCAAAUUUUUUUUUGAUGGAAGUUAUGCCGGAUUUGAUGAAACAGAGCCGACAUCACAACAGGAUGGUAAGGCACAGGUGGUCUCUUAUCUUAAGCACUUACAAGGAUACCAACGAGUCGUUAUGAUUGGUGAUGGAGUAACUGAUUUAGAGGCCUGUCCUCCAGCUGACGCGUUCAUUGGUUUCGGAGGAAAUCAAAUACGAGAGAAAGUGAAGAAAGAGUCGAAAUGGUUCGUCACCUCAUUCUAUGACCUCAUUGAAGAACUCAACAGAAAUUGAUUCUUAAUUUAUUUUUUAGUAUUUACUUCUGACUAAUAUAUUGUUAUG